GGGCGUUGGCGCUGCGGGCCGAGGCGCGUCUGGGGGUCGCUAGACCGAGGGGCGUCUGGUCAGUUCUCAGCCCUCACAGAAGUGCUUUUCCACUUCCUAACAGAGCCAAAAGAGGUGGAAAAGUUUCUGGCUCAGCUUUCUGAAUUUGCCACCACCAAUCAGAUCAGUCUUGGCCCCCUCAGAAGCAUCGUGAAAAGCCUCCUCCUGGUUCCAAAUGGUGCCUUGAAGAAGGGUCUCACAGCCGAGCAAGUCCGAGCGGAUUUCAUAACUCUGGGUCUUAGUGAGGAGAAAGCCACUUACUUUUCUGAAAAGUGGAAGCAGAAUGCCCCCACCCUUGCUCGAUGGGCCAUAGGUCAGACUUUGAUGAUUAACCAGCUUAUAGAUAUGGAGUGGAAAUUUGGAGUGACAUCUGGGAGCAGCGAAUUAGAGAAAGUGGGGAGUAUUUUUUUACAAUUAAAGUUGGUGGUUAAGAAAGGAAGUCAAACUGAAAAUGUGUAUAUAGAAUUAACCUUGCCGCAGUUCUACAGCUUCCUGCAUGAGAUGGAGCGCGUUAGAACCAGCAUGGAGUGUUUCAGCUGAUUCCUGUCCCCCUGCAGCUCCCCCUUCCCUGGGUGCUGCUCCCAGAGGUGCCUCCCUCACAGGCUGUGGGUGCUCCAUUUGGCCCUGCUCAUGUCUUGGGAGCCCAUGUGUGAACGGUUUAUGAAAAACAACAGGAUUAAGUACUUAAAUUACCUUGUAAACUCCUUCUAAGGGAACCUCUACCACCCGUCUCCCAGGGUAUUCUGACAGACCAUUGCAGCUCAGAUUCAGGGGAGAAAAUAAGUUGUCACCUCCCCAUCAAAGUUCCAGAGUAAACAAAUGGUGCCAUCACCCAAGAUAA